AUGGCUAGAAUCGGAGAUCGACGAGAUGAAAGGCGUUCUAGACCCCUCACUAGGAAGUUCAUGAGCUUCACCCCAUUAACCGCUCUGAUAGAUCAAGUCUUAAUGCAGAUCAAAGACGAAGGAGCACUGACAUUCCCUGGUAAGCUAAAGGGAGAUCCCAGCAAGAGGCGAAGGGACAAACAAGGGAAGCUACAGAGGUUCGUCUAUAAGGAAAGAACCGAUCUGCCCCAGGAGCAGGCCCUACGACGGGAGAACGAGCGACCUAGACCACCUAUAGGGGACAUAAGAAUGAACGUAGGGGGCACAACUGCUGCCGGAUCUUCCAAAAAAGUCCGUAAAACCUACCUUAGAAUGGUCCAUAACGUCCAACUUACAGGAUCCGUACCUAAAAUGCCACGAAUAGACAACCCCAUCAUCAAAUUUUCAGGAGAUAAUGCUCGGAGACUUCACCAUCCGCAUGACGACGCAUUUGUGGUUAGCUUGCAAAUAGGGGAUUAUAACAUGCAUCGGGUCCUUGUCGACAACGGCAGCUCAGCGGACAUCCUAUACUACCCGGAAUUCCAGCAAAUGAGGAUUGACAGGGAACGGUUAACCCCAACGAAUGCCCCUCUCGUGGGAUUUGGAGGAACGAAGGUGUUCCUUUUGGGCGCGAUCACACUAUCUAUGACGGCAGGUGACUAUACUCAGCAGAUCACUAGGGUGGUAACGUUUCUCGUAGUUGAUUGCUUGUCCACCUACAAUGCCAUUUUCGGAUGA